AUGGAAGGAAAGCCCGCUACCCAAUACCAGGCCUGGAAAAAGCUCCAGUCCCUCCACUCCUCCAAGGCUGACAAACUCGUCCUCAAGGACCUCUUUGCCGCCGACCCCAAGCGAUUCGAGUCUCUCUCCAAGAGCUUCACCAACGCCGAGACCUCCAUCCUCCUCGACUACUCCAAGAACUUGGUCGAUGACGAGGUCCUCUCCUCUCUUUUCGACCUCGCCCGAGAGGCCAAGGUCGAACAGUUCCGAGACGAGAUGUUUGCCGGAAAGCACAUCAACACCUCCGAGGACCGAUCUGUGCUCCACAUUGCUCUCCGAAACCCCCCUGCCGAUAAGGGUGGCUUCAAGAUUGCCGAGGAGGGCGUUGACGAGGUCCACGCAGUCCUUGCUCACAUGAAGGAGUUUUCCGACUCUGUGCGAUCUGGCGCCUGGAAGGGUUACACUGGAAAGGCCAUCGAUACCAUUGUCAACAUUGGUAUCGGCGGUUCCGACCUUGGCCCCGUCAUGGUCUGUGAGGCCCUCAAGCACUACAGCAAGAGGGAUUUGAAGACCCACUUUGUCUCCAACAUUGACGGUACCGACAUGGCUGAGGUCCUCAAGCUCUGUGACCGAGAGACCACCUUGUUUAUUGUCGCCUCCAAGACCUUUACCACCCAAGAGACCAUUACCAAUGCCGAGUCGGCAAAGGAGUGGUUCCUUGAGACGGCCAAGGACAAGGCCCACGUCGCCAAGCACUUUGUUGCUCUUUCCACCAACACCAAGGGUGUGACUGCUUUCGGUAUCUCUGAAUCCAACAUGUUCCAAUUCUGGGACUGGGUGGGUGGCCGAUACUCUCUCUGGUCCGCCAUCGGUCUCUCCAUCUGUCUCUCUAUCGGUUUCGACAACUUCCAGGAGUUGCUGAACGGUGCCCACGAGAUGGACAAGCACUUUAAGGAGACCAAGCUUGAGGACAACUUGCCCGUCAUCUUGGCUUUGGUCGGUAUCUGGUACAACGACUUCUACGGUGCCCAGACCCAGGCUCUCUUGCCUUACGACCAAUACCUCAAGAAGUUUGCCGACUACUUCCAGCAGGGUGACAUGGAGUCCAACGGUAAGAGUGUGACCAAGGACGGUUCAAGGGUCGACUACGAGACUGGCCCCAUCAUCUGGGGACAGAGCGGUACCAACGGUCAACACGCCUUCUACCAGUUGAUCCACCAGGGCACCAAGCUCAUCCCUGCCGACUUCCUCGCCCCCGUCGAGACCCUCAACCCUAUCUCUGGUGGCAAGCACCACGAAAUUCUCCUUUCCAACUUCUUUGCCCAGCCCGAAGCCCUUGCUUUCGGCAAGACCGAGAAGCAGGUCGUCGAGGAGCUCGGUCCCGAGCAGUCCAAGAACGCUGCCCUCGUCAAGUCCAAGAUCUUUGAAGGCAACAAGCCCACCAACUCUAUCCUUUUCCAAAAGCUCACCCCCGCCACCCUCGGUUCUUUGGUCGCUCUUUACGAGCACAAGAUCCACGUGCAAGGAGCUAUCUGGGGUAUCAACUCUUAUGACCAAAUGGGUGUCGAGCUCGGUAAGGUGUUGGCCAAGAACAUCUUGAGCCAAUUGGGCGACGCCAAGGAUGUCAAGGGUCACGACUCUUCUACUACCGGUCUCAUCCACUACUACCAGAAGAACAGGAAGUAA